AUGGUGAACAAACACAGGGACACCCCCCACCCACCCCCGAGCUUCUUCCUCCUGCUUCUGGCCCAGCCAACCAGGGAGCGGCCCGGGACGGCUGGGGACCAGGCUGGCCUGCAGGGGACCCCCGCCCAGGGGGGAGCCGGGCGGGCCCGUGGCUUGGGCGACCCGCCUCCUCCUCCUCCUCCUCCUCCUGGGGAUGAGGCCAAGGGCCCGCCGGAGGGGGUGGCCCCGCCGGGGGCGCCGCCGGAGAAGGUGGGCUGGCUGCGCCAGCUGCGCGGGAGGGGCCUCUUCCGCCAGCUGUGGAGGCAGCGCUACGCCGCCCUGCGCGGGGAGCAGCUCUGCGUCGCCGAGAAGGAGGUGAAAGACGAGAAAACCAUCCAGGAAGUUUUUGACUUGAACGACUAUGAGAAAUGUGAAGAGCUCAGGAAAUCCAAAAGCCGGAGCAAGAAGAACCACAGCAAGUUCUUGCUCACGCACACCAAGGAGCCUGGGAACACCGCACCUAACCUGGUCUUCCUGGCCGUGAGUCCCGAAGAGAAGGAGUCCUGGAUCAACGCACUCAACUCCGCUAUAACCCGGGCCAAGAACCGCAUCUUGGAUGAGGUGACUGUGGAGGAGGAGAGCUACCUGGCCCAUCCGACGCGCGACCGAGCGAAGAUCCAGCACUCCAGGCGACCCCCCACCCGGGGACACUUGAUGGCUGUGGCUUCUACCUCAACGUCUGAUGGAAUGCUGACCCUUGACUUGAUCCAGGAAGAGGACCCUUCCCCAGAAGACCCCGUCACUUGCGAGGACAGCUUCCGGGUGGAUCUGGAUAAGACAGUAGCCCAUCUCACUGCGGGACGGAGGUGUUCGGAUUCCGAGAGCGCCAAGCCGCCGGAGAGGGGCCGGACAAACAGCCUCCCAAGACGGGAGGUCAUCUCUUGGGACAGAUCCUCGCAACGGAAGGAUUCCUUUGACAAAGGGACCGUGUACACGCCUCAGGUUCCGAAGAAGCUCUCCCACACGGAAAAGAACAAAUGCGCCUCCAUGGAAGAGAUCCUCUCUUGCCGGGAUUCCUGCUCGGUGCACCGGGCGGUCCUGCGGAAGGGCCUGGGGGACCAAUUUGCCGCCGCCGAGCCGGAGCAGCUGAGCCGGAUCCAGGAACUUGUCGCGCUGAAACUUGAAAAGACGCAGGAACUCUUGGCAGAGGUGAAGGGCUAUGGGGAAGGCAGGCGGAAGGCCAAGGAGCUGGACACGGGGGGCACCCCCUCCUCCUCUUCCUCCUCCCCCUCCAGGCCGGACUCGGAGGCCAUCUUGCAGGAGACAGAGCGGCUGCUGGGGGAGGCCACGACCCACUGGAGCCAGGCCCAGCAAGUGCUGGCCGAGGUCCGGGAGCUGCGGAGCCUCUUUAAGCGGCUGGAGCUGCGGCUGUCCGACCCGAAGCCCCAGCAGACCCCUCAGCAGUCGCAGUACAGGAAAAGCCUGAUGUGAAGGC